AUCUCCUACACCACCCUCUGAAAUAUUCCUCCGCCAUAUAAACCUCUGUUUAUCGUCUCAACAUCGUGACUAACCAUAGACCAAUCCGCCAUGAAUAUUGCUCAGAUUCUCUUCUUCGUAUCCCUUCUGCUUCCGCUUCACUCAUCGACGACGACCGAACAGCAAAAUUCUAAUGCUGGUGGUGAUGGAGAUACCAUCAUAUUCACCACUCUAGGACGAUCACGCUACGAAUUCGACAUAUUCACCCUCUCCACGGCUCAACCACCGUCAGUUUCCGGUGAGCUCCGCAUCACUGAUGGAGCAUCGGUAAACUUCAACGGCUAUUUCCCGUCUCCUUCUCCGGCGCUCAUCUCUCUUCUACCCGAUGAAACACUAUUUCAACUAGAAGAUUCGUCUCCUCUGCAUCUCAUCUACGUCACCGAGAGAAACGGUACUUCUAGCGUAUACUACGAUCUAAUAUACGGCGUCGAUUCUGAUUCUAUAAAUAAACGACGAUCGAUGUUAGAGGCACCGUCUCGAGUCCAAGUUCCUUUAUUAUCCGGCUUCGAUCAACCGAGUGGCAUGACGGUAAAUUCGUUUAAAGAUAAGCCUAGUUUGAGUGGUGAUUUUCUCGUAUACGUGUCAACUCACGAGAACUCAGGUAAGCCUAGGACUAGCUGGACCGCUGUUUACUCUACUGAGUUGAGAACAGGGCUAACCCGACGGUUGACGCCGAGAGAUAUAGCUGAUUUUAGCCCGGCGGUUUCGCCUUCCGGAAAUUUUACGGCGGUGGCUUCCUAUGGAGAGAGAGGCUGGACAGGGGAAGUUGAAGAGCUAAGUACGGACAUUUAUGUAUUCUUGACUCGGGAUGGGACUCACCGAGUGAAGGUGGUGGAGCACGGUGGUUGGCCGUGUUGGGUCGAUGACUCGACUUUGUAUUUCCAUAGAAGAAGCGAGGAGGAUGGUUGGAUCAGUGUGUACCGAGCGGUCUUACCUGAAAACGGGCCGUUGACUACAGAGUCAGUGACAAUUCGGCGAGUCACCCCACCGGGAGUUCACGCUUUCACACCGGCAACGUCACCAAACAACCAUAAGUUCAUAGCUGUGGCGACGAGGAGACCUGGCUCGGAUUACCGCCACGUGGAGCUGUUUGAUCUUAAGAGGAAUGAGUUUAUUGAGUUGACUCGUUUGGUGGCGCCGGAGAGUCAUCAUUUGAAUCCGUUCUUGUCCCCUGAUUCCACCCGAGUCGGAUACCAUAGUUGUAGAGGCGAGGCUAAUGGACGGAGAAGUCCUCUGCUCUUCCUAGAGAAUAUUCAAAGCACCACAAAGGACCUUUCUCUCUUUAGAAUCGAUGGUUCAUUUCCAUCCUUCUCACCAGGGGGUGAUCGUAUCGCAUACGUUAGAAUGCCUGGUGUGUUUGUGGUGAAGCCCGAUGGUUCAGGGAGGCGUGAAGUGUACAAUGGAAUGGCGUUUUCGACAGCUUGGGAUCCUGUUCGACCAGGAAUCGUGUACUCUAGCUCAGGUCCAACGUUUGCUACAGAGAGAACAUCGGUCGAUAUCAUCUCCAUUGACGUGGAUGCAGCUGACAAGUCUUCUUCCGUAAGGAGGCUAACGACUAACGGGAAGAACAAUGCUUUCCCAUGGCCAUCUCCGGAUGGUAAACUGAUAGUGUUUCGUUCUGGGCGCACUGGUCACAAAAAUCUUUACAUAAUGGAUGCUGAAAAAGGCGAAAGAGGUGGUCUAUGGAGGCUAACCGAAGGUGCGUGGACCGACACAAUGUGUAACUGGUCACCUGAUGGUGAAUGGAUCGCGUUUGCAUCUGAUCGAGAAAACCCUGGCUCGGGUAGUUUCGAGCUGUUCUUGAUCCAUCCAAACGGAACAGGGUUAAAGAAGCUUAUCCAAAGUGGGACGGGAGGGAGAACUAACCACCCGGUCUUUAGCCCGGACAGUAAAUCCUUAGUUUUUACAUCUGAUUAUGCUGGAAUCUCCGCAGAACCGAUCUCAAACCCGCAUCACUUCCAACCAUAUGGUGAUAUCUUCACGGUGAAACUGGAUGGCUCUAAUCUGAGGAGGCUGACGCAUAACUCAUAUGAAGAUGGAACACCAGCAUGGUCCCCUCGGUUCAUUCACCCUGAUGAUGUGGUGCUACACAGGAGGAAUGUUUCGAGUUGUUCGUUCGAUGACUGUCACUGGCUCAGCAAGUACCCUACACUAAAAGGCCGAAAAAUCUCUUGUUGAUAUGUACACACACUAUAGUAUAUGGUUGCAGACUGUUGAGUAUUAGAGUAUCCUUUUUCAAAAUCAGAGAUGUUUCGCACCUCUGUAACUUUGGUUAUAGAUUUGUAUGGAACUGGCAAUGUAUAUGGACAAUAAACAUAUUGAAUAGUACUGGAUAUAUGCAUAAGAGUGUAUAUCAUAUUUCAAAAGGUGAUUUUUUCUA